CAUGUAGUCCACUAGAUCGAAUUCUGCAUAAUAUAGAACCUGCAACUCAUAAUAUGGAUAAGGUUGGUUAUUACAUUAAGGAUAAUAGUAAAUCAAACUGAAUGAAGCUCCAGUUCCUACUUAUGCUGAAAUCGUUAGAAGCAUGCAAGUUAUUAAUCUAAUUAUGACUUUAGGAUUUCAAAAGGGCUGAAAAAUUGAUAAAAAAUAAAUUAGUUGCAUAACAAAUUAGUUUGGAAUCUGAAAAGAAAGAAACUGAAGAAUAGAAACAAAGAAGAAAAAUCGAUAAUAAAGUACCUCCAAAACCUUUUCCUGUAUAAGAAGAUUAAUAUAAAAAACCACCUUUGGGAAUCAAUGUUGGUAUUAUGCAGAUCGAAUUAUUUAUGUAGGUUUACCUAUAUAUGAAACUUCUAAUAUGUAAUAUGGGUAAUUGAAUCCUACUAAAUUUGAAUUAAUUGAAAAGUAUUAUCCUAGAGAUGCCAAAUUUACUUAAGGAUUUUUAGGGAGCACUUAUAAAUUUGAUGGUUUAAAUACAAGUGUUGCUUUUUCAAAAACUCAUAAAGCCUUAGAUGAAUACUGA